UAGCUGGCAGGCCGGAGGUAUACAAGAGGUGAGUUCUAUGCACUCAGACCCGGCCCGAAAGAGAAGAGAAGAUGGUGCUGGAUUUAGAUUUGUUUCGAGUCGAUAAAGGAGGAGAUCCGGCGCUGGUUCGGGAAACUCAAGAGAAGCGGUUCAAGGACCCGGGGCUGGUGGACCAGCUGGUGCGGGCGGACAGCGAGUGGCGGCGAUGCAGAUUUCGGGCAGACAACUUGAACAAGCUGAAGAACCUAUGCAGCAAGACAAUUGGAGAAAAAAUGAAGAAGAAAGAGCCUGUGGGGGAUAACGAAUCCUUACCAGAGAGUGUGUUGAAGCUCGAUGAUCUGACUGCAGAAACGUUAGCAGGCCUGAAAGUCACACAGAUAAAAAAAGUCCGACUCCUCAUUGAUGAAGCCAUCAUCAAAUGUGAUGCUGAGAGGAUACAAUUGGAAGCAGAGCGAUUUGAAAGCCUCCGAGAGAUUGGGAACCUCCUGCAUCCCUCAGUGCCUAUCAGUAAUGAUGAGGAUGCUGACAACAAAGUAGAGAGGAUCUGGGGUGAUUGUACUGUGAGAAAGAAGUAUUCUCACGUGGACCUGGUGGUGAUGGUGGAUGGCUUUGAAGGUGAAAAAGGAGCAGUGGUGGCUGGAAGCCGAGGCUACUUCCUGAAGGGAGUCCUGGUGUUCUUGGAGCAGGCCCUUAUUCAGCUGGCCCUUCGAACCCUUAGCAGCAGGGGCUACACUCCUAUCUACACACCCUUCUUCAUGAGAAAAGAAGUGAUGCAGGAGGUGGCACAGCUCAGCCAGUUUGAUGAGGAACUGUACAAGGUGAUUGGCAAAGGCAGCGAAAAAUCUGAUGAUAGUUCCUAUGAUGAGAAAUAUUUGAUUGCCACCUCAGAACAGCCCAUUGCUGCCCUACAUCGGGAUGAGUGGCUUCGACCAGAGGACUUGCCCAUCAAGUAUGCUGGCUUUUCUACCUGCUUCCGCCAGGAGGUGGGCUCCCAUGGUCGUGACACCCGUGGCAUCUUUCGGGUUCACCAGUUUGAGAAGAUUGAGCAGUUUGUCUACGCGUCACCACAUGACAACAAAUCAUGGGAGAUGUUUGAAGAGAUGAUCAGCACUGCCGAGGAGUUCUACCAGGCCCUGGGCAUCCCUUACCACAUUGUGAAUAUUGUCUCAGGCUCCUUGAACCAUGCAGCCAGUAAGAAGCUGGACCUGGAGGCCUGGUUCCCUGGCUCAGGAGCCUUCCGUGAAUUGGUCUCCUGUUCAAACUGCACAGACUAUCAGGCCCGUCGGCUCCGUAUCCGCUAUGGACAAACUAAGAAGAUGAUGGAUAAGGUAGGAGACUGGUUGAGAGUUGGGUUUGGACCAACACUGUGGGGAUACUCUUCUUACCAGGUGGAAUUUGUUCAUAUGCUCAAUGCCACAAUGUGUGCCACUACUCGCACUAUCUGCGCCAUCCUAGAAAACUACCAGACAGAGAAGGGUAUCAUUGUGCCCGAGAAAUUAAAGGAAUUCAUGCCACCAGGUCUUCAAGAAUUGAUCCCUUUUGUGAAACCUGCCCCAAUUGACCAGGAACCAUCUAAGAAACAAAAGAAACAACAUGAGGGUGGCAAAAAGAAAAUUCCUGCAGAUGUGGCCCUGGAAGGUCGGCUGCAGAACAUGGAGGUCACUGAUGCCUGAAUCUAGCCUCCUCAACUCCCCUUUCUUUCAUCUCUGCUAGGCUGGAACCCCAGGACCCUGCCCAGGGACAGUGGAACCAAACACCCAUCCAUUGCCCCCUUCUCCCCUCCUUCCUUCUGUCUCUGAAGCUAAGAGAACCAAUUUGCUCUUACAACGCACCUGCCUCUGCCCAGACAUAGGAUUUUAUCCCAGAUGACUGAUAAAACCUGUAAUAAAGAAUCUGUGGAAGGCCCAGUGCUUCCUCAGUCUCCCUCAUA